CAACUUCCUAUCCAGCUUACCUUUCCCUUGGAAAGUUUCCAACCCAAUCCAGCUUCGAACGGAUACUAUGCUGCAGAAUUAUCAAAUAUCGAAUCUCCUCUACCCCAGCCCCAGAGAAUGGAAUCGAUCGAUCGAUCCUGAAGAACCCCCCCUUCACCGGCUAUACCCCACCUCUUCCCCCCACGUCCGCCAUGAUCGACAAAUCCGUAUCUCCGCCAUCGGCACUGAACAUCGGGAUCGCGAUUGCCGAGUUCGAUCCGUCCGUUCCCCAUUCCCCGGACUCCCCCCCGCAGAACCAAACCUUUGAAUCGAAGCUGCGAUCAUAGAUAACUUCCACGUUCAGCUCCCUUGUUCUUGCUCUAUACUCACCUAUACACAAAGCCUUGAAAAGAUCGCCUCCCAUCGCCAGCAAGAGAAGAAAAUGACCUCCAUCCCACAAGUCCAGACUGCCGCCUGGAUCGAGAAUCCGCGCCCGCAUGCGCAACUGGAACUGCGGCAUGAUAUCCCGGUCCCUGAGCCGGCUGACGGUGAGGUACUGGUUCAGCUGGAGUGUACUGGUUUCUGUCACUCGGAUCUGCAUUGCAUUUAUGGGGAAUUGCCGUUGAGUGUGAAUGUGGUCGGGCAUGAGGGGGUCGGAAGGGUGGUUAAGCUCGGUCCGAAUGCCCCGAGUGAUAUGCUGGGUAAGCGAGUCGGUGUCAAGUGGCUAUGGAGUAGUUGCAACGACUGUCCGACGUGCAAGGUCCAGUAUACCAAUUGUCCGAAUCAGAGGAAUUCGGGGCGGAGUGUGCCGGGGACGUUUCAGCAGUACGUUGUCUCACCCGCCGACUUCGUGUCCCCGAUUCCGGAGACCCUGAAGCCGGAAAUUGUUGCCCCGUUGCUGUGUGCUGGCCUCACCAUGUACGGCGCAUUGAACAAGCUAGACAAAUACUGCGACAAGGGCGAUUGGGUGGUGAUCAUGGGUGCCGGCGGGGGACUGGGUCAUCUAGGAAUCCAAAUCGGCAAGGAAAUGGGCUACAGGAUCAUUGCCGUGGAUAGCGAAUCCAAACGAGACAUCUGCAUGCAAUCCGGCGCGGAGGCAUUUGUGGACUUUAGCGACGACCCCACAACCCACAUCCAAUCCCUGACCGACGGCAUCGGCGCCCACGCCGUGAUCGUGGUCGUCGGCCUGGAGAAGGCCUACGAGCAGAGCGUGGAGUUCCUCCGGCCCGUCGGCACCCUCGUCUGCGUGGGCCUGCCCCGGCCGGACUACCACCUCCCCAUCUCGCCGCUGAUGUGCGUGGACCGCGGGUACCGGAUCGUGGGCAGCGCCGUCGGCACCGAGGAUGAAAUGCAGGCGCUGCUGCGGGUGGCGGUCGCGGGCAAGGUGGUCACCCAUGUGACGGUGUUUGAGCUGGGGGAGAUCAAUGAGGUGGCGGGGUUGUUGGGGCGGUUUGCGGUGGAGGGGAGGGCGGUGUUGAGGAUUCCUGCUUAG